UGUUUGUGUGAGUUGGUGUGGUGGCUUUUCCUGAAUGUCAACAAUUUUUGGAAAAAUCCUCAAUUAAAUGCAAUGGAGACAAUUUUAGAGCAACAACGACGAUACCAUGAAGAGCGUGAGCGUCUCUCGAAAGCCAUGGUGGACGAAUUACUUGCAUCCAAGCAGAGUUCCGCAAAAGAUGCAGUUUUCACGGAUCACCGGCUACAUUUGCUGCUGCAGUUGCACAACAAUGCCACAGUGGCACUGAAGGAACUGUAUGAGGAUAAGGAUGGCGUCCGGAAGAGUGAAGUGCAAGCCCUAUCGGGUCCCAAUGAAUUCUCCGAGUUCUACGCACGCCUCAAGCAAAUCAAAGAGUUCUACAAGAAGCAUCCCAAUGAGAUUAGCGUCCCACUUUCGGUGGAAUUUGAGGAACUCACAAAAUCCUACGGGAAUCAGGAUGAGAUGAAUUCUCUCGUGGAAUUUACGGAUGAAGAGGGUUUUGGGAAGUAUUUGGAUUUGCACGAAUGCUUUGACAAGUACAUCAACAUCAGGGGCAUUGAGAAGAUUGACUACAUCACUUACCUGAUGACUUUCGAUCAUCUCUUUGACAUUCCGCGAGAUAGGAAGAACACUGAGUACAAGAAAUACCUGGAGAUGCUUCUUGAGUACCUCAAUGGGUAUGUGACGCGAGUGAAGCCACUGCUGGACUUGGAGGGAGAGCUAGAGGACACUGUGAAGAAUUUCCAGCGUGACUGGGAUAACGGGUUGUUCCCGGGAUGGCCGAAGGAGACGGAGAGUGCCCUCACAUCGGUCGGAGCUCAUUUGGAUUUGUCUGCUUUCUCCAGUUGGGAAGAAUUAGCCUCUCUGGGGUUGGAUCGUCUCAAAUCCGCCCUCAUGGCGCUGGGACUGAAGUGUGGCGGAACUCUCGAAGAACGUGCACAGCGUCUCUUCUCCACGAAGGGCAAGCAGAACUUUGAACCCACAAUGCUGGCCAAGAAGGGGCGCAAUAAGCAGGCAUCAACUGCAACCGCACGACAUCGUGAGAUUGCCUGCCUCGAAGCUCAGGUGUAUCGUCUGGCUGACAUUGUGUCAGAGCAAAGAAGCGCUACGAAGGAGAAUGUUCAGCGCAAACAGGCCCGUACGGAGGGUGAACGCGAGGACAGUGAUGCAGAAGCAAGCGAUUCAGACAAUGAGGAGGAGGAUGCUGAUGAUGUUCCGUACAAUCCCAAGAAUCUGCCCCUCGGCUGGGACGGCAAACCCAUCCCGUACUGGCUCUACAAGCUUCACGGACUCAACAUCAGCUACCACUGUGAGAUCUGCGGGAAUUACACUUACAAAGGCCCUAAAGCCUUCCAGCGUCAUUUUGCCGAAUGGAGGCAUGCCCAUGGGAUGAGAUGUUUGGGAAUUCCCAACACAGCACACUUUGCUAACGUCACCCAAAUUGAGGAUGCAAUAACCCUGUGGGAAAAAUUGAAGACACAGAAGCAACAGGAACGUUGGAUCCCAGAUCAGGAGGAAGAGUACGAAGAUUCCCAAGGGAAUGUGGUCAACAAAAAAACUUACGAGGAUUUGAAGCGUCAGGGAUUGCUGUAGACAGUUCCGGAAGAGCUUUGAUGAAUAAAAAAAGGAUUUCUUUACUAGAUAAAAACAAAA